AUGAACUCUGCAGAGCCCAAAACCAUUACUCCUACCACCGAGGAUGUGCGCGAAGAUGGUGCAGGCGGCGUUCCUAAUGAGCCACCGCAGCCGUUGUUUAGUAUCCUAUCGGAAAAGGAGAAGAUCUUUACCAUAUGCACCUGCUCCAUGGUGACUUUCCUGGCCCCGGUCGCGGCCAGUAUGUAUUUUCCUGCUCUUGGACCGCUGGCAAGAGAUAUGCAUGUGUCAAGCUCCAAGAUCAGUCUGACGAUAACCUCUUUCAAGAUUGUCGAAGGCGUUGCGCCCUUGCUAACUGCCAGUUUCUCCGAUCAAAAUGGACGUCGACCAGUCCUUUUGGCCUCUGUACUCAUCUUCAUUGGUAGUAAUGUUGGACUAGCACUCCAGAGCAGCUAUGCAGGUCUGGUCACUUUACGAUGCUUCCAAGCUUUGGGCAGCAGUAACAUAUCGCUCAUUUCAAACGCGGCUGUCGCCGAUGUGGUUCCCCGGGCAGAGCGAGGCAGAUACAUGUUCUAUUCCUCUCUUGGGAUGAAUCUCGGCCCAGCGCUCGGGCCAACUCUUGGAGGCAUUUUGACGCAAUUUCUUGGAUGGCGAAGUAUAUUCUGGUUCCUUUCUAUCUUUUCAGGAGUCAUGCUUUGCGUUGUUAUGCUAUUCCUUCGGGAGACUUGUCGAGCCAUAGUGGGCAACGGCAGUGUGUCUCCCCAGCCUUGGAACCGCUGUGCCCUGCAAUUUCUCCGCCUGGACAAGCAGCAUGCCCCAGAUUAUGAGACGCGAGUGACCACUAGACGCCGACCAGGGAUUCUUGCUACGUUAGGAAUCCUACUAGACAGCCAUAUUAGCCUUCUGCUCCUUUGCAACGCACUCUGUUUCUGCGGGACCCAGGCGAUAUUAAGCAGUCUCCCCGUUCUCCUGGAGAGGAAAUACCAACUCCGCCCUUUGCAUAUUGGCCUAUGCUAUCUUCCCUUCACGGCUGGGAGUAUACUAACCCGUUGGAAUGUUGGGACCCUGGUGGAUCGGAAUUACAAGCGUCAUGCGCAUAAAGCCGGAGAGGAACUUCGACCAAAUCAGCAAACACCACAACAACUCCGUCGCAUGCCGCUAGAAAAGGUUCGGUUGGAGCUAGCAUUGCCGUCGUUAUAUCUUUCAGGCGUCUGUCUUAUAGGCUACGGUUGGAUCAUGUAUUAUGACGUGCAUCUUGCAGGCCCCCUGGUUUUGUUGUUUCUCUUUGGCAAUGCAACAACCGGGGUUAACAACAGCCUAGUGACGCUGGCGAUUGACCUGAAUGCCUAUCGUCCUGCCGCUACAAUGGCCGCUAUGAAUACUGUCAAGUCCCUCGCCGCCGCAGGAGCCGUUGCAGCGGCGGUGCCAUUGAUCGAUGCCAUCGGCAUUGGCUGGGUGGGGACCUUCAUCGCUGGAUUGUGGUUCCUUGCUUCGCCCACUCUAUGGAUUCUAUAUUGGAAAGGACAGCGUUGGAGGCAAAGGGAGUCUUCCGAGCAGGACUGA